GCUGUAACAGAUCUCAUUGGAGCCUCCUUUCAGAUUUCAGAACAACUUCUUAUUUUUGUUUUGACGGUUUGUGAGUUGACUUCUUUGUCAGCAUUCAGUUGAGCAGAAGUUCCCUCAACUCAGUUGCAGUUUUGUUCUGCAGUGAACUGAAGCUUGUGAUAAGUGGCUGCAUCACCCAGAGCAGCACUGAUGGAGGCAGACAUCUUUGAGUACCACAAAGUGGAGGAUCCUGUGGAUGUGGAGACGUUUCAGGGAGAGAAGAGAAAGCUCAUCCAGCCAACAUCUUUAAAGGACCCCAAACUGGAAAAGCUGAAAGAGGCUUUGGUUGAUUGGAUCAAUAGGACAUUGAAACCAGAACACAUAGUGGUUCAGAGUCUGGAGGAGGAUCUGUACGAUGGACUGAUUCUUCAUCACCUGCUGUGCCGGUUGGCCAGCAUGGACUUGUCUGUGGAGGAAAUAGCGCUGUCCAACACCGCUCAGAUCCGCAAGCUGGAGGUGAUCCUGGAGGAGCUGGACAAAAGGCUGGGUCUGCAGGACAGCAGUCCCAUCAAAUGGAGCGUCAAGC